UGUUGCUCACUGCAAAGUAAAAAUUGCAGCUUUUCUUGUAAUUAGGCCAGAUUAAUAUUUUUCACCUUCUUUCGAUUUUGAUGACAUAUGAAUGACUCUGAAAAUUGCUGUUCUUGGGCAAUUUCUUUCAGUGUAUGUUAGUGUGUGUUUGUUAUUGCGAUGAGGUGAUUUUCAAAAUUGAUUUUCAAUUGAAAAUGCAUUAAAAUGAUUUUUUAUUUUUAUUUUUGAAAUCAUCACAUCAAAACCAUUAGAAAUUACUUCCAAAAGCAUCAAUUUGAUGCUUUUGAGGUGAAAAUCAAUUUGAAAAGCAGAAGCAAACGCAAUACCAAAGCUUGAUUAGUUGAUAAUUAUCCAUGCUGUGUUCUGGUGUAAUUUUUUUCUGCCUGUGUGAGUGGUCGUGGAGUAAAGGUCUCAUUUUUAAAUUUGAAAUCUCGUCUUCUCGCUAUUUGUUUUUCUUUUUUCACAACUGGGAGCUGCUUAUUCUAUGAGUUUUCCUUUGUAAUUCGAGCAUAUUGUUCUUUCUUACUGCUUGUUAAUUUUGAUUGUACGCAAAUCAGUAAAAUUAUUGUAGCUUUUCUUGUAAUUUGGACAAUCACUCUUAUGUGUAUUACUUUUGAUUGAUUCGGGAUAUACGUGUCUCAUGCUUUGAUUGAUUCGGGAUAUACGUGUCGUUUUUUUAAUUGAAAUCUGGUUAGCUGGGAAUGACCUAUUCUGGGAGCUCUGUUGGGGGGCAUGAUGGGGGCUCUCAACAUUCAUUGGCCUCUUGGCAUUCAUCGAUUCUAGGUGGUCCUCGGGAGGCUGAUGUUGGUGGAUACAGAGAUUAUGCUUCAGCUAUAUCACAUUAUGAGGGCCAACACAGAGCUGUUUAUGGCUCAGCUUCCAUGAGUGGUGCUCAACAAGUCUUUUUUACUCCUAUUCAUGGGAAUUCUUACAGAAUCACCGGGCAAAGACUUGAAUGAUCAUGUAUUUACCCUAGUGGAAGGCAUUGUCGAUGCUGGCAAAAACAGUGGCAAUACUGGUAGUUGUGAGGAGUUGUUAGGAGGUGAUGAGGAGGGAGAGAGAUCUGUAGCCUCUGUCGAGGACCAGAUACGCAAGGAAAUGACCAUCUAUGAGAAGUUUAUAAUGGGCAUGCUCACCAAUUUCGGCAGCAUGGCAUUGGAUCGCAUUCACAAUACUCUCAAGAUGUUUUGCGUAGCUGAUCCUCCUUACGACAAGUCACUCCAACAAUUGCAAAGCUUUUUAUCAGGUCUGGUUUCUGAAGAGAAGUUAGAACUUAGAGAUGGGAUGUACUUCUUGAAGAAGUAAAAGCUGGCAUUCUUGUAAUUCACCCAUCAACUAUUGAAAUAUGUACAGGAAGAUAUUGAUAGAGCUUAUCAGAGGGAGGUUUGGAACAGCAAAUGCAGCUUUAUGAAGAUGGAGAUCUCUGUAGCAAGACUGUCUCCCUUCCAAUUAUCAGCAAUCCCAACUGUCCUCUUGAAUCAUAUCCAACUCCCGUUAUGCCAAGCACUCCUGCUAUGCACGUCGGGUGAUUUCUAGGAGCUUUCCAUACAUUGAUUACAGGACAGAAAACAAAAGAUGAGUUACAAUUUCCCAACAAAAUUUAUAAGGGUGUCCUUUUGUGGCUUCCUUUAUUAAUUAAAACCAUUCCCCUCGCUGUCACCGUUAAUUAAUUAAAUUUGUGUCAUAUGUGGUUGAAAACAUUGAUCGGCCCAGCAAGAAGAGGUGGAUUCACUGAGUACUAAAAACGGGAAGGGAGAAGUGAAGAAUGCUGCCCGAUCCAGUGAUGGAAACCCAUGCGCGCGAUAAGUAGUCAUUACUCAUUACUGUACACAAUUACUCCACCGGCCUCGCCAGUGAAUAUAAAUAAUAUCGCUCUCUCUCUCUC